AUGGCCUCGCUCGCUCAACAAGCCAAGCAGGGUAUCGCUGAAGCCGUCGGUGCUACCGGCGCAGACCCGCGCGUCUGGCAACGCAGCUCCGUCUUUAUGCAGGCUAACCAAGGCCCCGCCUCCAUCUGCGCCCGUCUUACCGGCCUCAAGGAGGAAAGAGCCAAGGACGACGCCCCGUACUUUACCAACAACGAGGGCAUCCCCUGGCCUACGCCCAACUAUACCCUCAAUGUCGGCGGCAUUCCUGUCGUCAGCGACGUCUUUCUCUUCCAGAAACAGCAGCAUUUCAACAGGUCCAAAACCCUCGAGCGCAUGGUCCACCCCUGCGGCUCUGGCGCCUUUGGGUACUUUGAGUGCACUAAGGACAUGUCCCAUCUCACGAAAGCCUGCCUCUUCUCUACCCCGGGAAAGAAAACGCCCGUCUUCACCCGCUUUAGCACCGUUACCUACGGCAGAGAAUUCCCCGACGAGGGCAGGAACCCGAGAGGUUUCGCCACCAAGUUCUAUACCGAAGACGGAAACUAUGAUAUAGUCGGCCUCAACUGGCCCAUCUUCUUCCUCCGCGACCCCAUGAAGGGUCCGGAUAAUAUCCGCUCGCAGCAGCGCAACCCGCAGAACUUCAUGAUCGACUACGACAGCUGGUUCGACUACCUGGCUUGCAACCCCGAAAGUAUGCACGCUGGGCUGAUGCUUAUGAGCGACCACGGCACUCCAGUUGGCUGGAGGUUCAUGAACGGUUAUGGUUGCCAUACUUUCAAGUGGGUCAACAAAGAUGGCCAGGCCGUCUACAUCAAGUAUCACUUCAUGAAUGAGACUCCAAACAAGAAUUUCACGUGGGAGGAAGCCGUCAAGGUAUGUGGCGAAGACCCUGAUUUCUCCAAGCGGGAGCUUUGGGCGCAUAUCGAGAAGGGUGGCGAGGCAGCUUGGAAGUUGCACGUCCAGACCAUGUCGCCCGAUGAGGCGGCCAACUUGGACUUUGAUCCCUUUGACGUCACCAAGGUGUGGCCCAGGAAAAGGUUCCCCAUGCAGGAGGUCGGGCGUUUGGUGCUGAAUCGUAACCCCGAAGAUUACCACAGGGACGUUGAACAGGCCGCUUUCUCCCCCGGAUCCAUGAUCCCCGGCAUUGAGGCAUCGCCAGAUAUGCUUCUACAAUGGCGCUGCUUCUUCUACCGUGACGCGCAAUACCACCGUCUGGGAGUCAAUCUGCACCAAGUUCCUGUUAACUGUCCCUUCAUGGCCUCGUCCUACUCUAGCAUCAACUUCGCUGGAGCCCUUAGGACCGACGCCAACACUGGCAUGAACCCGCAUUACAGCCAGAACAGCUACGACACGCCCGCCUUCAGGCCCGACACGGACUCCCAUCCUGUACAGGUCGGGGACAAUAUCCUCAGCCGCAGGAGUCACUAUAUGCACGAGGGUAAGCCGAGCGAGUACGAUCAGGUCAGGGAGCUGUACCAGCGCGUCAUGAGUGCGGAGGAGAGGGCCAACACGCACAAGAAUACCGCCGUCGUGCUGAAGCUGGCGAUCCCUCGCAUUCAGCGCAAGUAUUUGGCUCAGUGCUACGCCGUCGACCCGGCUUAUGCCAAGGGCAUCUAUGAUUUGUUGCCCUCUCCGGCGUUCUCGAUGGAGGAAGUUAGGAACGAAGCCAAGGACGCUCACCUAGUCGGAAUGGAGAAGAAAUAUGCGCCCGUCAAUAGGUUCAACGGGAGGUGUCCUGUCGAGCACAGUGCUUAA